CUUCCUGCCAGCCCUCUGCCGCAUCUUCCUGGACGAGUGCGCGCCUGACAACGUCCUCGAGGUGACAGCGCGCGCCAUCACCUACUACCUCGAUGUGUCCGCCGAGUGCACCCGCAGGAUCACCACCGUCGAGGGCGCCAUCAAGGCCAUGUGCAACCGCCUCGUUGUUGCUGACGUCACAUCCAGGACAAGCAAAGACUUGGCUGAACAAUGUAUAAAGGUCCUGGAGCUGAUUUGCACCCGGGAGGCAGGUGCUGUGUUCGAAGCCGGGGGCCUGAACUGCGUCCUGUCCUUCAUCCGCGACAAUGGCCACUUGGUCCACAAAGACACCCUGCACUCGGCCAUGCAUCUGGUCUCGAGGCUGUGCGGGAAGAUGGAGCCCGCCGACCCUGGCCUGGCCCCCUGCGUCGAGUCGCUGUCCACGCUGCUCCGGCACGAGGACCAGCACGUUGCAGAUGGAGCUCUCCGCUGUUUUGCUUCUCUGGCUGAUCGGUUUACUCGCCGUGCUCAAGACCCUGCCCCCCUUGCACAGCACUGCCUUGUUACACACCUUCUAGCUCGCUUGGCUGGUGCAGCACCUCAGCCUGCUCCAGGGGCUGCUGCUGCCGCUCCAGGUGCACCUGCUGCCACGCCAGAAAACUCAAAGACAUCUGCAUCUGUCUCCACUGUGAUCUCCCUGCUCUCCACACUUUGUAGAGGCUCACCCAGUAUUACUCAUAAUCUGUUGAGAUCUGAACUACCUGAUGCCAUAGAGAAAGCCCUACAAGGAGAUGAGCGCUGUGUGCUGGACACCAUGCGCUUAGUAGACCUAUUGCUGGUGCUGCUUUUUGAAGGGCGAAAAGCCCUGCCAAAGUCAGGGAUGAGCACUGUGGCAAGCCGUCUGCCAGGGCUGAGGCGAAUGGACAGUUCCGGAGAGAAGACCCAUCGUCAGCUUAUAGACUGCAUUAGAAGUAAAGAUACAGAUGCCCUCAUAGAUGCCAUAGACAGUGGGGGUAUUGAAGUGAAUUUUAUGGAUGAUGUGGGUCAAACCCUUCUCAACUGGGCAUCAGCAUUUGGUACUCAAGAGAUGGUGGAGUUCCUUUGUGAAAGAGGUGCUGAUGUUAAUAAAGGCCAAAGAUCAUCCUCUCUUCAUUAUGCAGCAUGCUUCGGGCGCCCACAAAUAGCCAAAGUUUUAUUGCGUCACGGUGCAAACCCUGACCUCCGGGAUGAAGAUGGAAAGACUCCCUUAGAUAAAGCAAGGGAAAGAAAUGAUGAAGGUCACAGAGAAGUUGCAGCCAUCCUACAGAGUCCAGCUGAAUGGCUGGUUGUGGCAGAUGGAAAGUCUACUAUCUCCUCACAGGAUAAGAAAACAGUAGAAGAGGGAAACAGUGCAAAUAUUGAAGGCGAGGCAGAAAUUGGAGAACCACGUGGUGAUGUGGAAAUGGCACCAGUGUACCUCAGUCGUCUUCUUCCUGUGUUCUGUCACACCUUCCAGGCCACAAUGGUCCACACAGUUCGGAAGGCUUCGCUUAGUAUUUUAAGAAAGAUGGUACAUUAUAUACCAGCACCACUGCUUCAUCAGGUUUGUGGUGGUGAGGGGACAACAAUCAGCACAAGCACUAACAAUAUCAAUGCAAGCACCAGCACUGCCAACACCCUUCUGGGCUCGCAGUUAGUGGAGGUCAUUGCUCUUGUCCUUGGCAAUGAGGAAGAUGAAGAUGGUCACCUGGUGGCACUGCAGAUGGUGGACGACCUCUUGAGCAAGGCAGCCCCUCUGCUGUUGGAACACUGUGCUCGUCUGGGGGUCAUCAGCAAAGUCGGGUCAUUGGCAGGCCCAUCUGACCCGCCCAUUGAAGAAUAUAGCUCAAAGGGCAAGGAUGACCAGGAGCAGCUCACGCUUGGUGAACUCCUUACAAGCAGUCACUUGUUUGGACUUCAUCGUAAGGAGGGAGACGAACCAGGUAUGGAGGAUGCCAAGGAGGUGGUUCCUGGGAAGGCCUACCACUGGCGGGACUGGUGUGUGGCCCGGGGAAGGGACUGCCUCUACAUCUGGAGUGAUGCAGCUGCACUAGAGCUCUCCAACGGAUCGAAUGGCUGGUUCCGCUUCAUCCUGGAUGGGAAGCUGGCCACCAUGUACUCGUCAGGGAGCCCUGAGGGAGGAUCAGAGAGCACAGAGAACCGCAGUGAAUUUCUAGAGAAGCUUCAGCGGGCCAAAUCAGCUGUGAGACCCGGAAGCCCAAGCCAGCCUGUUUUGUCUACUCCAGGGCCUGCACGAUUGGUCAUUGGGAACUGGUCUUUGCAAUGCAAGAAGGAGGGUGAGCUUCACAUUCACAACUCGGAUGGUCAGCAACAGGCCACUAUCUUGAGAGAAGACCUGCCUGGCUUCAUUUUUGAGAGUAACAGGAACACCAAGCACUCCUUCACAGCAGAAACAUCCCUAGGCCCAGAGUUCCAUGCAGGGUGGACAGGGCGGCGAGGAAAGAGGUUCCGGUCCAAAGUGGAGGCAAUGAAACAGAAGGUCAAAGGUUUAGCCCGUGAUGUUUACGAAAAAUACUUCAAAGCAGCACAGACACAGCCACGUGGGGUGGUAGCCAAAUUAGGAAAUAUUGUGGCACAAAUUGAGAGGGCUUGUCAGAAACAGGUUAGUAACAAGAACAGUGGAGAAUGGACCGAGAUCCUGAGAGCUGCAGUCGAGGACCUAGUCACCCUCCUGCGCGAUGAAAGCACAGUCUCUGCUUAUGAAUUACAUUCUUCUGGCCUGGUUCAAGCUCUUCUGACGCUCCUCAGCCCAGGCACAGCUCAACAUAUUCCCGAGGACAACAGACAGGUUUCCCAGCGACGACUCAAUAAGAUGAUCAAGCAGCGGAGAAAUGUUUUCAAGAGCUGCUUUAAGACAACACCUGGAGAGAGCUCGCUGAUUGACAGGAAUGGAAGAACUCUGAAGAUGGAACCACUGGCCACAGUUGAGCAACUUGAGCGAUAUCUUCUUAAGAUGGUUGCAAAGCAGUGGUACGAUUUUGAUAGAGCCUCCUUUGCCUUUGUCCGCAAACUGAAGGAGGGCCAGAAACUCACAUUUAAGUGCAACCGAGAUUUUGAUGAGAAUGGCAUUAUUUAUUGGAUUGGAACAAAUGCAAAGACUGCAUAUGAAUGGGUCAAUCCAGCCUCUGUCGGCCUAGUGGUAGUGACAUCUAGUGAGGGACGCAAUCUUCCCUAUGGACGCCUAGAAGAUAUCCUUAGUCGUGAUCCGUCAGCCCUGAACUGCCAUACCAAUGAUGAUAAGCGAGCCUGGUUUGCUAUUGAUCUUGGUGUAUGGUUUGUGCCGUCAGCUUAUACUCUCCGACAUGCAAGAGGUUAUGGCAGAUCAGCCCUGCGUAACUGGAUGUUCCAGGUUUCUAAAGAUGGCAUGACUUGGACAACAUUGUACACCCAUGUGGAUGAUUGCUCCCUCAAUGAGCCCGGUAGCACUCACACAUGGUUCAUUCAGCCACAACAAGAUGAAAAGACUGGAUGGAGACAUGUACGUAUUCAACAGACAGGUAAAAAUGCAUCUGGUCAGACCCAUUACCUCUCCCUCUCUGGGCUUGAGCUCUAUGGCACUGUCACAGGUGUUUGUGAAGACCUUGGCAGAGCAGCCAAGGAAGCAGAGGCAAAUUUGCGAAGGCAGAGAAGACUAGUCAAGUCACAGAUGGUAAAGCACAUGGUAGUUGGAGCACGUGUGGUACGUGGACUAGACUGGAAGUGGCGUGACCAGGAUGGCAACCCUCCAAGUGAAGGAACCAUUACAGGCGAACUUCAUAAUGGCUGGAUUGAUGUUACCUGGGAUCAUGGAGCCUCCAACAGUUACCGCAUGGGUGCAGAGGGCAAGUAUGAUCUCAAGCUGGCUCCUGGCUAUGACCCCGAGUCUCCCCAGGUCUCCAUUGUGUCCACAGGCAUCAGCAGCUCAUCCAGCAACACCUCCACCACCUCUGCACCUGCUUCGUCAAUACCCACAAUCACCACAGCCAUAAAGACCACCAAGGUGGUAAGCACAGAAGUCAGCCAAGGUACAAGUGUACUCACAAGUCGCAAGUGUAGCUCGACACCUUCACUACCUCAGGCAACCACAGACACACACAAACACUCUGUGGCUGCAUCCGAGCAGGCAGCAUCUGAUGACAAUCUCACUGCGAAGGCUGCUGAGACAGUUGCAGAAAAUGUGCUGAGUGUGGCCAGUGCUGAAGCUCUACUGAGUGUGGAAGGCAGUGGGCGGGACAAAGGCUCAGAAUUAGCCACCCUAGUACAGUCACUCAGCCUACAUGACCGUGACCUCACCUCUGAUUUCUCCGAUGCCAUGUCCUCUUUGGAGUCUGUGCUCAAUACCUCUGAUAUCAAAUCUGGUACGGGUGAUAUGAGUGAGGCCAUGACUGUUAUGGAUGUGGGGCUGCACCCAAGUGCAGACAGCAGCAAAUCAGGCCACUUAGCCCAAGCUGGAGAAUGCCCUGCUGUGACUGUCAAUGAAGAAAAGCUCGGUGAGCUAGGCAACCUAGGAGGGAUCAAGCACAGCAGCAGGAAGCGAUGUGGGGGUGUUGUGACGGGUGAGGGUAAGAGGGACUGCACUGGGCGCUCCGCCAUGUCCUCACAGCCUAUGAGUGUUAGUGUGCCCAACCUGACCAGUGCUGAUUCUGAACCAUUGACACACAGUCUGCUGGAGACCUUUGCCCAGGUGGCCAGGCGGCGGGGGGGAUCUGCUACCAUGCCACCCGGCUCUGGGAUCUGUGGCAGUGGGGGUGUGGCACCCCAUGCUCCCAAUGUGCCUGCUAGUGUCACUAAUAUGCGCACAGGUUUAGGUCAGCUGAUAGGUGGGCCACCCCCGACCCUGGCUCAUCCAGUGUUCUCGCCCUCCACCCACUCCAUGUCCAGUCUGGUCCGUCUGGCCCUCUCCUCACACUUCCACCUCCCAGGAUCCGGUCUGCUGAGCACAGCACAGAGCUACCCGACGUUGACCUCCAGCACCACCUCAACUACCUCCACCACAACCACUGGGGCUGCGGCCUCCUCCACCACCAACCAGCCCUCUACCAACCUAGCCACCUUCCCCCAUGGCCUGACCAUGAGCCUCACCUCAACGUCCAGUGACUCGGAACAAGUUAGCCUAGAGGAUUUCCUUGAAAGCUGUCGGGCAAGUACACUGCUUGCUGAGUUGACAGAUGAUGAACUGCCAGAUCCUGAUGAUGAUGAAAAUGAUGAUGAUGACAAUGAUGACGAUGAUGAUGACUAUGAGGAAGAAGAGGAGUGCUAUGAAGUCAGUGUCCGUAACGGCAAGAGAAGAGGAUGGGAUGACGAGUUUGUCAUAAAAAGACAGUUCCCAGCUCUCAUUCCAGCCUUUGACCCUCGUCCAGGACGUACUAAUGUAAACCAAACACAAGAUCUGGAGAUUCCAGCCCCAGGCACGGAGGACCACUUAUGUGAUGCACCAACUGAGGUAGUGAGUGGCCCUCGACUCAGUCUCACUCUGCGGGGACCCAAUCUCCCCGGGAUACCAGAAGUCGAUGUACCCAUUACAAAGAGUUCUUCAACCAUCUUUAGUGUUGUUCAGACCUUAGUGAACACUGCCAAUUUCCCCUCACGGCAGGAGAGAUUGAGACGGAUUUGGGAGCCAACUUACACUCUUGUCUAUGGUGAGGCUCGUGAAGAUGAGGGCACGGAAGGGGAAACCUCUGGCCACCAAUCCUUCCAGCGUCGCAGUUCCCGAACCAACAUCCUCACAGAAGCUGCAGGCUCGACUCACCCUGGCAGCACGAGCACAACUGCCACUGGGGAUCCUUCAGUGGAGGAUGUGCUACAGCUGCUACGUCAGUUAUUUAUUUUAGGACAAGAUAGCGCCGCAGCAGAAAAAUUAGAUUCACCAAUGGAUACAUUAGGAGUGAGGUGUGAAGAAUUUGAAUCCAAGAAAGUUGGAAAUAAGCUAGUCCAGCAGGUGGGAGAGGCUGUCGUCCUUGCCUGUGGUGCGCUUCCGUCGUGGUGCGAAGACUUGACCUAUGCCACCCCCAUGCUGUUUCCCUUUGACACUAGACACCUUUACUUCAACUGCACUGCAUUUGGUCCAGAGAGGUCCUUGGUGUGGCUCCAAAGUCAGCGUGAUGUUAGCGUCGAACGCCGUGGAGGCUUGAGACGAGAUGACCCACAUGAAUACAGGGUUGGACGGCUUAAGCACGAGAGGGUCACUGUUCCUCGUGGCCCCAAUCUGUUGCAGUGGGCUCAGCAGGUCAUGCAUAUUCAUGCAGCACGCAAAUCUAUUCUUGAAGUUGAAUUCCGUGAAGAGGAAGGUACUGGCUUGGGCCCCACUCUGGAAUUCUAUGCACUGGUGGCAGGAGAGCUACAGCGUGCUGAUCUUGGAAUGUGGCUGUGUGAUGACCAGACUGCAGACCCCAUCACUCCCCCAGCUCUUGAUGGUGGUAAUGGGAAUGGGGAUUCUCAGGCCAGGCCUCCAGGAUAUUACAUCCGUCGUCAAGGAGGCCUCUUCCCUGCUCCCCUUCCUCAGGAUAGCUCUGUUUGUGACAAAGCUGUUGAAUUAUUCACCUUCUUGGGAAUAUUCCUUGCCAAGACUUUGCAGGAUAACAGACUUGUGGACUUGCCAUUGUCUCGUCCUUUCCUCAAACUCAUGUGCCAUGGUGAGUUUGCCAAUGUGAAGGACAGAGGCAUUGCUGGAAGCGCUAUCAAGCCUCGUGGAGGAUUGUCUUCUCUGCCUGCAGAGGAGGAUCUCAUGACCUCCUCUAUUAUUAGCGAGGAGAGCGAGAAGGAGUUGGAAUUAGACCCUCCCAAGUAUCGCAUCACAGAUACUCAGCCCUGGUUUACGGGGCUGUUGACCUUAGAGGACUUGUGUGAAGUAGAUGAAGAACGGGGAGGAUUCCUUCAACAACUCAAAUCCCUCGUGGCCAUCAAGCAGCAGAUUGUUAAUGAUACAUCCAUCACAGAGGAGGAUCGGCGCCUUCAGCUCCACAACCUGGCCCUUCCAUUGCCAAGCAGCAGCCAGGGUGCAGGACCUCCAGCAGUUAGACUAGAGGACCUGUGUCUCACUAUGCAGUAUGCUGCUCCAUCACGACACUUGGGUUACACUUCCAUUGAGCUCAGGUCAGGAGGGUCUGACCAGGAGGUGACCCUAGACAAUGUGGAGGAUUAUCUUGAUCUUACCUUGAACUGGGCUCUAGAGAGUGGCAUUAGAAGGCAGUUGGAAGCUUUCCGGGCAGGAUUCUGCCAGGUGUUCCCUCUAAAGAAACUUGGUGCAUUUAGUCCAGAUGAAUUACGGCUGAUGUUGUGUGGUGACCAGGCACCCAUGUGGACGCGUGAGGAUAUCCUGGCUUACACUGAACCCAAGCUGGGAUACACAAGAGAUUCCCCAGGAUUCUUGAGACUGGUGAACAUUCUUGUAGGACUUACAGCAGAGGAACGUAAAGCCUUCUUGCAGUUUACAACCGGAUGCUCCUCAUUGCCUCCUGGUGGCCUGGCCAAUCUACAUCCUCGCUUGACUGUGGUUCGCAAGGUUGAUGCUGGUGACGGCUCCUACCCGUCCGUUAAUACAUGUGUCCAUUACCUGAAGUUACCAGAUUACUCUUCUGAAAAUAUAAUGAAGGAAAGGCUCCUAGCAGCCACUCGUGAGAAGGGCUUCCAUCUCAACUAAAUAAUGAUAAAGACUUUAUGCUCAGGUGAUUGCGUUAAGAGUAUAAUAAUUCAAUAGAUUUUAUGAAGAAAAAUAAAAUUCUUGUAUUCAUGGACAAAAUCAUCAUAUUGAUGGACAAAAAAUAAAUAGUGCAUAUAUAUCAGGGCCAAAUUUCAAGGAAUGGGAGAAAUUGUUCAACAUUUCUGGACUAUUUGCAACAGUAAUUUGCAGACCAAAAUUAGUGUUAAGUGAAAACUUUUGUCAGAAAAAAUGUUAAUCUUUGUUCCCUAGUGGCUGGUAAAAAGUGAAAGUGAACAAGUGAUAUGACUUUAUGAAAAAAAAGAUUUGCUUGGAAUUUUGAGUGUGGCAUGAUUGCUGCCAAGGACUCAGUAAUUACACAUACUUACUGACUGACUUACUGAGAAAAAAAGGAUGAAAAUCCACAGAACCAGUUGUCAACUAUCAAACCAAGAAAACUCGACAUACUUGAAUUCAAGAAUGUGUCUGCAUUCUGAAGUCUGCGAGAUGAAUUUGCACAGUGUUAAAUGUCAUGUUAAAUGUUCCCUGGUGGAGCAGAGCACAUCUUGCUAGCUGUUAUCAUUGACAUAAACAGACUUCUUAUACCGCCUGGACCACCCUAUACAUCGGAAUCAUUCACCUUGUUAGUCAGCCCCCAUUUGAUCAAGGAUGAAAAAUUUGGUAUGUUGUACAUUUGGGUGUGAUGUGUGUGAAUGCUUUGCGAAAACCUCGGCCAGAGUAAUAUUGCACAAAUGUUUUCAUGCCAUGUGAAUGUGAUGCAUUAGACUUACAACCCUGAUGUUCUGACAGGUAUUGAUACCAUGCAGGCUGACAAUGGCCAGUUGUUGUUUUAUGUUGUCACCAUUAGCUUAUGUCUCUCUGUGAUACUGAUGUUGAAGGCAUUGCAUAGGCAGCAAAUUGUAAAUAGAGAUGUACAUCACAAAUAUGCCACUGUAACAGUGAUGUGUCUUUAAGUAGCAACUAAGCAUCCAUGAUACUGAGGAGAAAAAAAAUAUUAAAAAGGGGGAUGAUAUUGUUGAUUAGGUGGUUGUGUGGUGGAGUAGCAUCUUGUUGUGGUUAUGUUAGUGUCAGCUGUUCUCACCUUGGCUUGUUAGGAAGGAUCUCAUGAGAAAGUAAGCAUGAUUAAACAUUCACAGUAGCUGAUGCUUGUAUGUGCAUUUUUGAUAUAUGAAAGAAGCAACCCAGGCAUAUCUUCUCUCGUAAGUAAUACUUGAUCCCUGGCAUUUUGUGUCAAAAUGUACUGGGUUUUUUGGCUGCCUGGACAAGUCAGCACUCUUAUGUGGUUACACCAAUGAUAGGCAAAUUUCUUUCACCUAUAGCCUCAAGCAGUGUAGUGUAUUAUGUUUUUAUUUGAGUCAUUUACUAGCAUUUUGGGUAUUUAAUUUGAGCUUUGUGCACAACUCUGUAACAUGGCUCCUCUCUUUUUUUACGUUGUCACUAGUACAGGCUGACAGUUAUUGACGUUUAUGCAGAUUGUCACAUCAUAGUCAUGCUCUGUGUUGUGCCUUAUUAUUUCCUGUUCUGUUGUUGUCAAGACUUUUCUAUUUCAUGAUUUGGUGUACUGAAUUUUUUAUUCUGCUGUAUUGUAGAUAGUAAAAGUAUUGCAAAUGUUUUUCUGUUGAUAUAUUUGGAUAUGAAGUUUGUGCAGUGAGGUUUUGAGAGAACUUUGAUGGGGAGGAAAAAAAAAAAUUAAAAGUCUAUAAAAAAAAGUUUAUCUAAGUCAUUACACAGAAAUUAUAAUUGACCUUAUCACUUCAUGAAUUUAUGAUUUCUGCGGAUAUGUAGACGUGAAGUUGAACGUAUUCUUUCUUAAGAUGGGACAAUGAACAGUAGAAAAUAUAGGGAUUUGGCCAACAAUUCAUGCUCAUAUAUGAGUACAUUAUUGCUAUGAGUCGGGCAAUGAGCUCAUAAUCUCAGAAACAUUGCUCCCGCUGUAGUUUGAUUUUCAUGUAUAUGUCGAAGCAAGCUUGUGUGUUAGAAUGCAUGAGAAAGAGUUUAGAAUUAUAUUUUUGACAUAUUACUAGAUUAUCUGUUUAGUUCCCUUCCACGUGUUUCUUUUUUCUUUUUUUAUUUCUCCAGCAAUAUUAGUGCUCAUAGUUGGAGCAGAUAUUAAAAGGUUGGCUGUUCAAAAUGCCCUAUCAAACUGUACUCUAGAAUGAGUGAAUUAGCUCUGAAUCGUGAUAUUGGUUGGUGCAGCCUUACAUUUGAAAGCUGAGUUAUGUUAUGCCAGUCUGUUGAUGCAUAAUGCACGACAGGCACUAUCCAUUAAACUAUGUCUAGGUUCAAAGUGCCUGUACAUUGUAAUGAUGUACUUAUGGUGGAUCUGUAAUGCUGCAUAUAUAUAGAUAUAUAUAUAUCUGUGAAAAGAAUAUUAAAAAAAAUAAAUAAAAAAAGUUCUACAUACAGUAC